CUUUUCUAUAACAACCAUGGAGACUAAUAACAAAGGAAGGUAAUAACCCCAUUGUUGUGUGGGGAGAGUGGUGCCAACACACGCUUGCAACAAUUCAUUUCUCUGCUUCCGAUUAUCUCAUAGUACUUGGAUUCAUCUUCUCAAGAGCUUAGUUGCUGCUGACAGAAUGGGGUUAGGGCUAUUAGCUUCACGCCUGAUCAGAACCCGAGCAGCAAACCCUAGAGAUCAUUACCUUCUCCUCCGUUCUAUUGUAACCAAACCUGAACUCCAAUCCCCAGAAUCAUCGGCGGCAGCUGCAGCACCACAGCCAGAACCAGAUCCUUUACCUCCUCGGACACCGGUCGGAGGCGCGCGGGUCCACUUUCCCAACCCCGAGGACGCCAUAGAAGUGUUUGUCGAUGGAUAUCCGGUGAAAAUCCCCAAGGGAAUGACGGUGUUACAGGCUUGUGAAGUUGCAGGUGUGGACAUUCCUAGAUUCUGUUACCACAAUAGACUUUCAAUCGCCGGAAAUUGCCGUAUGUGUCUUGUUGAAGUUGAGAAAUCUCCAAAGCCUGUCGCUUCUUGUGCUAUGCCAGCUCUUCCCGGUCAGUAUAUAGUUGUUUUUUCAAUGUUUAGUUUAGAUAUCUGCAUUUGUUGUUAUCUUCGCUCUUCUAGUGUUGAAAAUACAGGGUUUUGUUUAUUUAGGUAUGAAAAUUAAGACUGACACGCCCGUGGCUAAGAAGGCACGUGAAGGAGUGAUGGAGUUUUUGCUGAUGAAUCAUCCAUUGGAUUGUCCAAUUUGUGAUCAAGGUGGAGAGUGUGAUCUUCAGGAUCAGUCCAUGGCUUUUGGAUCUGAUCGUGGCCGUUUCACUGAAAUUAAGCGUUCUGUGGUUGAUAAGAAUCUUGGGCCUUUGGUGAAGACCGUCAUGACUCGGUGCAUUCAAUGCACAAGAUGUGUCAGGUUUGCGACAGAAAUCGCUGGAGUCCAGGAUCUGGGCAUGCUAGGUCGUGGCAGCGGAGAAGAAAUUGGGACUUAUGUCGAAAAGCUCAUGACCAGUGAACUUUCUGGAAAUGUUAUAGAUAUUUGUCCUGUUGGAGCCCUUACUUCAAAGCCUUUUGCAUUUAAAGCCCGAAACUGGGAGUUGAAAGGUACAGAGAGCAUUGAUGUCACUGAUGCAGUGGGAUCAAACAUCCGAAUAGACAGCAGAGGGCCAGAGGUCAUGCGUAUUCUUCCACGACUGAACGAGGACAUAAAUGAAGAAUGGAUAUCAGAUAAGACUCGCUUUUGCUAUGAUGGUUUGAAGAGGCAGAGGAUAAACGACCCCAUGAUUCGUGGAGCUGAUGGACGUUUCAAAGCUGUGAGCUGGCGUGAUGCCUUAACUGAAGUUGCAGAGGUUAUCCGUCAAGUAAAACCAGAGGAGAUUGUCGGAAUUGCUGGAAAGCUGUCCGAUGCUGAAUCAAUGAUAGCUCUGAAAGAUUUCUUAAACAGAAUGGGUUCAAAUAAUGUGUGGUGUGAGGGAAGUGGCCCAAGCCCCAAUGCUGAUCUACGAUCCAGAUACAUCAUGAAUAGCACCAUAAGUGGUCUUGAGAAGGCCGAUGUAUUCCUUUUGGUUGGCACCCAGCCAAGGGUAGAAGCUGCCAUGGUAAAUGCAAGAAUCCGCAAGACAGUUCGUGCAACCAAUGCAAAGGUAGGUUACGUUGGCCCACCCACUGAUUUCAACUAUGACUGUCAGCAUCUUGGCACUGGCCCUGAAACUCUUCUUGAGCUGGCUGAGGGCCGCCACCCCCUUUUUCUCAACAAUCUCAAAUGCCAAAAACCCAGCAAUUAUUGUUGGUGCUGGAAUCUUUGAGAGGAGUGACAAUGAUGCUGUUUUCUCCGCAGUGGAGGCCAUUGCAAAGAAGGCAGGGAAUGUUGUGCGGCCUGAUUGGAUCGGGUUUAAUGUAUUGCUCGUCAAUGCUGCCCAAGCUGCUGCCCUAGACCUUGGACUUGUACCAGAAUCCAGCGAGAGUGUGGGAUCCUCUAAGUUUGUGUAUCUGAUGGGCGCUGAUGAUGUGAACCUGGACAAGAUACCGAGCGAUGCCUUUGUGGUCUACCAGGGGCACCAUGGGGACCGCGGCGUGUAUCGUGCUAAUGUCAUUUUGCCUGCAGCAGCAUUCAGUGAAAAGGAAGGGACUUACGCUAACACUGAGGGGUGUGCACAACAGACCUUGCCUGCAGUCCCAACAGUUGGUGAUGCCAGGGAAGAUUGGAAGAUUAUUCGAGCUCUCUCUGAGGUAGCAGGGGCACGUUUGCCCUAUGAUUCACUUGGGGCCGUGAGAUCCCGCAUUAGUACUGUAGCUCCAAAUCUCUUGAGCUUAGACGAGAGAGAGCCUGCCACAUUUUGGCCAUCCUUGGAAUCGGAUUUCACUAACAAACUGGGUAAAACUACUCCAUUCAAGCCUGCAAUUGACAACUUUUACAUGACUGAUUCCAUCACCAGGGCUUCAAAGAUAAUGGCACAAUGCAGUGCACUUCUAUUGCAAAAGUGAGUGCUGGAUUAUUUGGAGCCUUUUUUAUUUAUUAAAUCAAUUGCAGAUUGAAUUUCCUUUUAAUCUUCAUUAAGCUAUGUGAUGUCCUGGGCAUGGGCGUAAGUUGUGGAACAAUCGGAAUACAUCUAAUAAAUAAUUUAGGUUCUUGUUUCUCUGUAAUCUCUGCACAAAUGUAAAAGCAUUUUCGAUGUAACCCUUUGUUGUAUUUUUUUGGACUUGAUAAUUUGUUUUCACAUGUUUUGCUCAAUUUUUAGAAAAGGGGUAAAGAAACAAGUAUACCCUUAUAUUAUGUAUGACAUAUAUGCCCCUGUUCUAUUUUUUGGAACAAUAAACUGAUAAAAUAGAAUUUUUGGUCUAAAAUUACACCUCUA